AAAUUCUAAAGCUUUUUGAAAAUUAUUCAGGAAAAGUACACAAAAUGGACAACUAUUUGUUUGAGGGUGGUCGCAUAACUAAAAUGGAGGUCGAUUAUGCUCCAGCAUGUGACGAAAAGAUUCCGUUGGCCAAAGAAUUAGCUAAACAAAAUCCCGAUUCAUUUCAUGAGGCUAUUGAAAUGUUAUUGAACCUUGAAAAACAAACUCGGUUAGGUGCCGAUAUGGUUUCCUGUUCACGGGUGUUGGUAGCCGUUUGCCAAAUAUGCUUGGAGGCCGGCAAUUGGAAUGCUUUGAAUGAAUAUGUUACGUUGUUAGUUAAGAGACGUUCGCAGCUGAAACAAGCGGUUUCUAAAAUGAUACAAGAAUGCUGCUCUUAUGUAGAUAAAACUCCUGAUAAGGAAACUAAAUUGAAAUUCAUUGAUACUCUAAGGUCCGUAACGGAAGGAAAAAUAUAUGUAGAAAUUGAAAGAGCAAGGCUGACGAAAAUAUUGGCUGAUAUCAAAGAAGCUGAUGGUGACAUAUCUGGAGCCGCUGCAGUAAUGGAGGAAUUGCAAGUUGAAACGUAUGGUUCCAUGGACAAGAGGGAAAAGGUUGAAUUAAUUUUGGAGCAAAUGCGCUUAUGUUUGUUAAAAGAAGAUUUAGUUUCCACACAAAUUAUAGCUAAGAAGAUUAGUAUAAAAUUUUUUGAUGAUCCUGCGCAGCAUGAUUUGAAAUUGAAAUAUUAUGACCUAAUGAUAAGGCUUGAUCGUGACUCUUCCUAUUUGAAGACUUCACGUCAUUAUCAAGCAAUAGCUGAACCGCCUCGUCAGACGCCUUCAGUUGAAGCGAUUGAAGAAAGCAAAAAGAAAAGCGUUACCUUUAAGGAAGAUGACAAAAAGAAAAAAGACAAAGAAGAAGUCAAACUGGCAGCUGCUUUGCCCCCGGUAGAGUUGACACCCGAACAAGAUAAAGAACAGAAGCAGAGAUUAAUAUGCGCUGUGCUCUAUUCUGUUUUGGCACCAUACGAUAAUGAACAAAGCGAUAUGAUGGCAAAAUUGUCCAAAAUUAAAAAACUUGAGGAAGUACCCAUUUACAAAGAAAUUUUACGAUUAUUUAUGUCAAAGGAGUUGAUUAAUUUCGAUACGUUUAAUCAUGAUUUUGGCACAGUAUUAGCCGAAAACGAUAUGUUCCAAGAUAAUACAAAGCACGGCCGAAAAUGUAUUGUUGAACUUAAGGAUCGAUUAAUUGAACAUAACAUUCGCAUUAUUGCAAUGUACUACUCACGUGUGCAUUUGAAACGUAUGAGCGAAUUAUUGAAUUUACCCCCAACACGUUGUGAAGAGUAUCUUUCAAAGCUGGCCAACAGCGAUACUAUACGUGUUAAGAUUGACCGUCCUGCCGAGAUUGUCUACUUCACCACCAAAAAAAGUGCUUCGGACGUUUUGAAUAAUUGGGCCAACGACGUUAAUCAGUUGAUGUCAUUAGUGAAUAAGACUUGCCAUUUGAUUAACAAAGAAGAAUGUAUUCAUUCUGUAAAAAGCAUUGCUGUCGAAGAAUAAAUGUAAUGUAUUAAGAAUAACGGCACCGUUACUAUAGGCUAGAACAUAACUAGAACGCGCAUAUUGUAACUUUCUCCUGGAAUUAAAUUAGCUU